UCCAACGGAGGGCACCGGCCACCACCCACUACUCUUCCCGGACUGCAUUAAUGGAGACCCAACGAACUUCCUUUCCCCUUCUUAAAUUCACACAACAAACUUACGCCGCCUAUAUAAACACACUCUCCAUACACUUUAUCGACACACAAGAAACCCGGCUUUAGUCCUCCUCGUAGUGCAAAUAGAGUGUUCGCAUUUUCCCCAUUCUUCUUCCAUUUCCGGGCCGGAAAGAUGUGCGGCAAUCGGAGUUGGGUCAAUGUCCAUUCGAUAUUAACGGCGGUAUCCAGCAAGCCAGUCGGGCCGGGUAAGACCCACCAAUUUUCUGCUUUGGAUCACGCGUUAGGUUCGCAUUCUCUCCAUGCGGUGUUCUACUACGAGAGAAACCCGUUUAAGGCUUUUGAUUUGGAUCCGUUGCGGGAGUGUUUGUCGGAGGUGCUGUCGUUUUACCAUCCGAUUACGGGCCGGUUGACCCGGGGAGAGAAUGGGAACUGGGUCGUGAAGUGUAAUGAUGCGGGUGUUCGGAUUUUAAGAGCGAAGGUGAGUGUUACAGUUGAUGAGUGGUUGAGAUCAGCUGAUGGGGUUCGGGAAAGAGAUCUGACGGUGUGGGAGGAUAUGCCGGAGGAUCCUAGUGGAUGGUCGCCGUUUCGGAUUCAGGUUAAUGAAUUCGAGGGAGGAGGUGUAGCUCUAGGAAUAAGCUGCAGCCAUAUGCAUGCAGAUCCAACCACAUUAACCAUUCUAUUCAAAUCAUGGACGGAGGGUCACCGCGGCCAGCCCGUGGCUCACCCUCCUUCCUUCUCGCGGCCACUCCAUGCUCGUACCACCCCGACAACCACCGCCAAUCACAAACCAGCUUCUCCUUACUAUGCAACCAAGUCGAAACCAAAAACUUCACCCAUAAUGGCCGCAGCCACCUUCAAGUUCUCCAAUUCGACAAUCGACCAAUGUUUAGCAGAAAUACAUGAAAGCUUCUCCGACGCCACUCCCUUUGAUUUUCUGGCUGCGCUUUUCUGGACACGUAUAGCGAGUCUAAAGGGUCAAAAACAUAACGAUCAUCAUCAACAUUUUCUCUCAAUCUGUACAGACUUCAGGAGACGACUGCAGGAUCCACAGCUUCCUUAUGGUUACUUCGGCAAUGCCUUGCAUUUUUCAGCUUUGUCAGUGAACGAGGAGGACAUGGAGUUUUCCAGAUUGGGAUGCUUGGCCGGAUUGAUUCACAGACAUGUGUCGGGACUUAAGGAUGAAGAGAUUCUGUCGGCCAUAGAUUGGCUGGAGUCACAGAAGGGUGAGGGAGGGAAGUACGAAUCACCCUGCAGAAUGUAUGGACCUGAACUGACCUGUGUUAGCAUGGAGCAUACGAUCAUCAAUGGUGAUCCACCCUUGAUGUAUUCUGCCAUUUUUGAUGGCGAUAACAAGCCUGUUCACGUGACAUAUCAUGUGGGGAAUGCAGAAGGUGAAGGGUUGAUCAUGGUGAUGCCUUCGCCUGAAGGAGGCCUUGCCCGGACAGUAACAGUGACAUUGCCCGAGAAGGAGCUCAUCAACCUACGCGAGGAUCAAGCUAUACUACGCCUGGAGCCUGUAAUGCUUCUUAAUGGUGGACUAUAGUCUGCUUAAUCCCAAAUGUUAAUA